UAGUGGAAAUAUUUGCUCACCUGUAGCGCAAGCUACAACACAAACCACUGGACAAUGAGUUGGAACAAUGGCGCGAUGAUGUGCGACGUGAUGCCUACAAUCAGCGAAGAUGGUGUUGACAAUGCCCCUACCACCGACGGCCCCGCGCAUGACGCCAAUAUAGAACAACUUAUGGUCAACAUGCUCGAAGAUCGUGAUAAGUUACAAGAACAGGUGGAGCAUUACAAACAUCAAAUGGAGGAUAACAAUCGAAGAGUUCGUGAUUUGGAAAAGGAAAAAGAGAGCCUCCGAAGGCAAUUCGAAAUGCACACGCAGAACUUGCCUAAUGUAGGUCCUUGGCUAUUCAUUUUUGGGUGCCUCGCGUUGAAGGCCUUGCUUAUCAAUAAUGAAAAGAGGCGAGCGCGAAGGUUGGCAUAG